AUGGUGGAAAGGUUACAUCUGAAGCUGGGGCCGAAAGACCCGGUUGUGAAGAUUGAGGCGACCGAGGAAGUGUUUCCAGCCCCUAUGUGUGGGCCAAAGGCCGACAACAGAGAGGGGCACCAGGGGUCCACUGAAGGACACAGUCAGCAUGAAGACAGCAAUAUCGACACGUCAAAUGUCACAGAAGAAGGAUCCAAGACUAAUUGCCCGAAAACUGACAUCAUCGACACAAAAACCGACUCACAAACUGCUUCUCACAACAUGCCCACGAUGAAAUCAGAAGUUCUUCGAAUCGGAGGAGGAAAAGACGUAUCCAAGUACUCGCAUGGGGAUGACAAGCGGGGCCGUCGACAACGACACAAAGAUGACAGCUUAUUGUUCGACUUUGAUGUGGACAUGACAGAUGCCGUUCCAAUUACUAUGAAACUUGGCAUGAGAGAGAACAGCUGUGGAAUGAUCAAAAAGGUAGCCAAAGACCGCGAUCGAGCUCUCCGACGAGGGAAACAGUUUGGUAUACCUCUCAAUCCUUCUGUGCAUGUCUAUGAAGACCCUGAGCCUGGAGGGUUUGAAGACCCACUUCCUGACUCUCUGUAUGAGGGAGAUCACAAGAGAAUGGAACGGGAUGAAAAACGAGUACAAUCAACGGAGCGGGCGAGGAUCAUGGAGGAAAAAGACCGACUAGUCACCCAGAUGGAGCAGCUGGAGAGUGGAGAGUGGUUGCGGUACAUUGCUGGAAUCACCAAGAUUCACAACAUGGGAGACAAGGAGGAGCUGGCACGAAAACGAGAAUUGACGCUAAAGGAGUGCAGAUUCAUGGUAAAGUCGUACGAGCAGUUCAAAGAGCGGGAAAAGCAGUACUUGGCACGCAAAAAAGAGCUGUCCUUGGCGAUGUUGAAUGAUCCCAAGUACGCAGACACGGAUUUGUACGUGGAAAAGCCCUACAACUCGAGAAAGGCGGUGGACAAGGUCAGCAUCUUCUACCACCGGGCUAUCAACAUUGAAAAGGAACUAGAAGAAAAAGAAGCUGAAAACCAGGACGACGAUGACGAAGACGAUGAAGAGGAGGAAGAAGAGGUGGUAGAGGAGGCUGCUGUUGUUAGGAAGACAAAGGGAGGUAAGAAGUUGAUGGCCACUAAAACUGUGCCUCAGAAACAAACGUCUAGAGUUUCAAAGCCGGUUUCGUCUAGGAACACUUCAUCCAGGGGCACUCCUGCGAGAACUGCCCCCCCUACACCACCUCCUCCGCCACCUUUCGUAUCCUUCUUCGAGAACCCCAAACUUGUGCCUUUGUUUGAAGACAUGCUCAAGUUGCGUCGGUCUCGAAGAGCACCCCUGGCGUUCGGAAGACCUAUUCCCGAGCUCGAGGAGGUGGAGUUUGAGCUGCCUUGGUUGGUGUAG